CGUCUUGUGCCACUUGUCUCAUAAAUGGAACAACAAAGUUGCAAGCAAAAGUACCUAGUGCCUAUUGUUAUUUAGACUCCUCACGAAAGGCCUGAAAGCCGAUCAAGCCGGCUGAACUGAGAUCUAAAAAUCUGAGCAGCUUUGAGAAGUGGCCAAUAUUGAAGAGAUUUUUGGAUAGUUUUACAUUUCCCGCGAUCUUUUGAAUUCCCAUCAAGCAAUGCGCGCUGCAAUGCGGCCUUCUCUUUCUUCCCAUAGUUCUUUUCGGAAUGAAAUGUACGAAAAGUUGAUAUUUUUCUUCGUCCAACAUGAGAGCGUUACCAACAUGGGUCGAUAAAGUACACGAUAAAGACAGGGUCGAACAGUGCAUUUACGAUCUCGCUUUUAAGCCCGAUGGAAGUCAACUCAUUGUUGCCGCUGGAAACCGAGUCUUGGUUUAUGAUACAAACGAUGGAACGUUAAUUCAGCCGCUCAAAGGUCACAAGGAGACGGUAUAUUGUGUAGCGUACGCUCGAGACGGGAAAAGGUUUGCAUCUGGGGGAGCAGACAAAAGCGUGAUUAUUUGGACGUCUAAAUUAGAAGGAAUUCUGAAAUACACACACAAUGAUUCUAUCCAGUGUCUUGCUUAUAAUCCUCUCACACAACAACUUGCAAGCUGUACAACAAAUGAUUUUGGUCUGUGGUCACCAGAACAAAAGUCUGUCCAGAAACACAAAGUCUCCUCACGAGUAACUUCCUGUAGUUGGACAAAUGAUGGGCAGUAUCUGGCCCUUGGACUUUUUAAUGGCUUUGUUAGCAUAAGGAACAAGAGCGGUGAAGAAAAAGUAAAGAUUGAAAGACCAGGUGGAUCCCCAGUAUGGACUCUGAGCUGGAAUCCAUCCAAGGAAGAGCCAUAUGACAUUCUUGCUGUGGGUGACUGGUCACAGAAACUCUCUUUCUAUCAGCUUAGUGGAAAACAGGUUGGAAAAGAUCGUCAUCUUGGCUAUGACCCAUGCUGCCUGAGUUUUUUCUCCAAAGGUGAAUACCUUGUCAUUGGAGGAUCUGAUAAAAAAUGCUCACUUCACACAAAAGAAGGUGUGUGUCUGACUUCUAUCGGGGAGCAGCAGAGUUGGGUUUGGUGCUGCAGAGUCAGACCUGAUUCCAAUUAUGUAGCAUUGGGUUGUCAAGAUGGUACAAUAGCUUAUUAUCAACUGAUCUUUAGUACUGUCCAUGGUCUGUACAAAGACAGAUAUGCCUUUCGGGACAACAUGACUGAUGUCAUUAUUCAGCAUUUGAUAACAGAGCAGAAAGUUCGCAUCAAGUGUAGAGAUUUAGUGAAGAAAAUUGCCAUCUACCGGCACAGACUAGCUGUUCAAUUGCCUGACAAGAUUGUCAUUUAUGAAUUGAACACAGACGACAUUUCUGAUAUGCAUUAUAAAGUCAAGGAGAAGAUUGAAAGGAAAUUUGAGUGCAACCUGCUUGUUUCUUGUUCCAAUCACAUCAUUCUUUGUCAGGAGAGAAGACUGCAAUGCUUAGCAUUUACAGGGAUCAAAGAGAGAGAGUGGGUGAUGGAAUCCUUGAUUCGCUACAUAAAAGUGAUUGGCGGCCCGUCUGGAAGAGAAGGUCUCCUUGUGGGUUUGAAAAAUGGUCAAAUCAUGAAGAUAUUUAUCAACAAUCCUUUCCCUCUGCCACUGCUGAAACAAGAGACGAGUGUUCGCUGCCUAGACUUGAGCACCAGUCGCAAUAAGUUGGCUGUGGUUGAUGAAAACAGCACAUGUCUUGUAUACAACCUCAGUAACAAUGAGCUGCUCUUCCAGGAGCCCAAUGCUAACAGUGUGGCUUGGAAUACUCAUAAUGAGGACAUGCUGUGUUUUUCUGGUGGUGGUAUGCUAAACAUUAAAGCCAGUAACUUUCCUGUGCAUCAACAAAAGCUGCAGGGUUUUGUUGUUGGUUUUACUGGAUCCAAGAUCUUCUGUCUUCAUGUUUACACCAUGUCUGCAGUGGAAGUGCCGCAGUCUGCUCCUAUGUAUCAGUACCUGGAAAAGAAGUUGUACAGAGAUGCUUACAAAGUUGCCUGUCUUGGUGUGACGGAGGGAGACUGGAGAGCCCUUGCUAUGGAAGCAUUAGAGGGCCUGGAUUUUGACACAGCCAAAAAGGCUUUUAUCAGAGUGCGGGAUUUGAGAUAUUUGGAGUUAAUUCAUAACAUUGAGGAACGUAAAAAGAGAGGUGAAACAGAUGAGCAGGCUUUCCUAGCAGAUGUCUUUGCUUAUCAGGGCAAAUUUCAAGAAGCUGGGAAGCUGUAUAAGAAAACUGGAAAUGAUGAAAAGGCCAUGGAGAUGUUCACAGACCUCAGACAGUUUGAAUAUGCGAAGGAUUUCAUUGGUAGCAGUGAUCCUAAGAACGUAAAGCAACUGAUCAAGAAACAAGCUGAGUGGUGUGAAACAACAAAUGACCCCAAAGCAGCAGUUGACAUGUUUCUUGCUGCUGGUGAAAAUCAUAAAGCCAUUGAAAUUAUUGGACAACAUGGCUGGGUGGAAAAGUUGCUGGAAGUUGGACGGAACCUUAACAAGGCUGACACAGAAGGGCUAAAACAGUGUGCUUACUACUUCAAACAACUGGAUCAGCAUGGAUACGCUACAGAAAUGUACCUCAAGAUAGGUGACAUCAGAGCCUUAUUGGAACUCCACGUGGAAACCAAACACUGGGACGAGGCAUUUGAACUUGCUGAAAAACAUCCAGAAUUCAAGGAUGAAGUAUUUGUUCCUUAUGCCAACUGGCUGGCUGAAAAUGACCGAUUUGAUGAAGCUCAGGAAGCUUUCCACAAAGCAGGACGAAGGGACCAAGCAGUUAAAGUAUUAGAACAACUGUGUCACAAUGCUGUGGUGGAACACAGGUUUCAUGAUGCUGGAUAUUACUUUUGGAAGCUAUCUGUGCAGUGUUUGGACCUGGUCAGCGGAGGAGCUACUUCAGAGAAUGCCCAGGCUGAGCCUGAUUAUGAAAUGUUGGACAAAUUCCACGAGUACCAGGAGAAAGCUGAAAUUUACCAUUUGUAUCACUCCAUUCAAAGAUACACUGAUGAACCAUUCACAUCUCACUUGCCAGAGACGCUAUUCAACAUCGCACGCUACCUGCUGCAUAUGCUGGUCAAAGAGAUUCCACCUGGAGUAUCCAGAGUUUCUACGUUGUUUGCACUUGCCAAGCAAAGUAAGAAUCUAGGAGCGUACAAGAUGGCUCGUACCGCUUACGACAAGUUACAGUCGUUGAAGAUUCCUCCACGUUUUCAAGAAGCCAUUGACUUGGGGAGUGUUACCAUUCGCUCUAAGCCUUUCCACGACAGCGAGGAACUGCUUCCUCUUUGCUACCGAUGUUCCACUACGAAUCCUCUCUUGAACAACAAAGGCAACCAUUGUAUUAACUGUAGGCAGCCAUUUGUCUAUUCGUUCUCAUCGUUCGAGGUGCUUCCAUUAGUGGAGUUUGUCUUGGAGGAUGGUAUCAGUGACGAGGAAGCUUUGAAAUUGAUUGAGAUAGAACCAUCAAGAGGCCCAGAAAAGAAGCGUUCUAACUGGCAGGAGAGAGACAUGGGCAACUUCCAGUCCCUGCAGUUGACAGAUGAACCCCCCGAAGAAGAGGAAGAGGAUCCUUUCACUGCUAAGCUGAUGAGUUUUGAGCAAGGUGGAUCUGAGUUCGUCCCAGUCCGCGUGGGUAGGUCAACAUUGCAGGCCAUGAACAGCCGUGAGGUAAUGGUAAAGAAAUGGCCUCCUCCGCUGAAAUACCAGUACUAUCGAUCCUUGCUUCCUGAUGUGUCCAUCACGCUUUGUUCGUCAUGUAACCGGUUAUUCCACACAGAUGACUAUGAACUUCUGGUGUUACAGAAAAACUGUUGUCCCUUCUGCCGUAAACCCGCUGACCAUCUUUAACACGUGACGUCAUGAUCAAUCAUUUCCUUUUUUAGCCCCAAUCUCCCCUAGACUUUACUGUGCCUGCAGUCUGGUCUUCAAAGUUGCUAAGCAAUAUCCCAUGUCCUCGUUACCGCAUGCUGUUAGGACAACUUUGGAGUACUCGUUAGUUCAGCCUCGUCCAGGCGUUUAGUUAGUUGGGGCGCAGCGCGGUGUGAAGGCCCGAUUUUCAGCCGCUGUUCGGGAAACGAGCCGGCGCUCCUCCCGGAAUGGCGUACCAAAAAAAUAGGGAGAAGAACUGCACCAAGCCGCUCUCUCCCUUUUUCGCUUCGCCGGUUUUUCGCUUUGCGCCCCGUUUGACUGAACGCCUAGAAGAGGCUAUCGUUAGUGUUCCGGUUAGAUUGGAUUGAACGAUAAGUUUGGAAAAGAAGUCGCAUAUUUAUUAGAAGUAAAGGAAAUUCUAAUUCGAAAUUUUAGUGUCGCGAAAUAUCGCCCGUCCAAAAACACGACAUUCAAUCAAUGUAAACAAUUUUAUAUAAGGAACCUCAUAGGUUAAAGUGGGAUUUUUUUCAAAGAUAAGCCACUUAACCCUGUAAAAAGCUUUUCUGUCUGUGUAUAUAUUGCAGUUCAUCUCUUCCUCCUGUAAAUACUUCGAAGAAAACAGUGACAGAAAAAAUGUAAUUUAUAUAGCAGAGAGAGCUCAAUAAAAGCUGUCGUAAACGACA